AUGUCAAUGGGAAAGGACCGAAUGUUGUAUGGCGGCCGCAAUUCAUUCGCGUUCUCGACUGGAUUCCAGUUUCAGAGCAAUCCCACCACCGUCACUCGACCAAUCCCCAGUCUUUGGUCGGACACAGAUCUUGGCUCCAGCUCCUCCGGAACUCCCAAUACCUCCAAAUGGUCGCCGCCUGUCGAUCCUAUCGGCUAUUCUCGUCCUAUUGGAUCUCGUUUGUCCGGCUCUUCCAAUCAGUCCGGAUCUCCUCCAUCUUCGGCGUUCCAGCCGCUCCAUUCGACACCAGCUGGUCACAAAGCCCCGGCACCAAUGCUGACGGCGUUCAGCAAGUCCAUGGCCCCACUGAAGCCGACUCCACUUCCCUCGCAGUUUGGUCUUUCGGCCAGGGCGAAGGAUCAAAGCCAAGAUGCGACACUGACUGAUAAACAACGACAGGAACGGCAGAGAAUGAGGCGAUUGGAAGAGAACUACAAGACCGUCAUGUGCGACUUCAUGCGAGCUCACGACUUCUGUAUGUUUGGAGAGAAUUGCAGAUAUGCCCAUUCGGUGGAGGAACUCAGACCAAAGUUGGUAAGAUUUUUCAUUGUUUCUUCUGUUUUUAGGCUGAAGAAACGGGAAAACGGAAUGGAGAAUGUGUGAGAGAGCUUGCUGUGUGAGCUCAUGGUCGUUUAGUUUGUAAAAUACGCCAUCUAUGCAUGGGCCUUUCUUGCGUAGAAUAAGUUAAAAUUUCUCAAGAAACAGCCAGAAUAAGUCGCAAAUCAAGCUGAAUUUGUUGAAGCAAACGUUUUCUGGGUGUUGGAAACGUUUUCCAACCUAGCCGGACUGAAUUUUAUAUUGCCCUGUACGGAAGGAAAUAGUUCUGAAAUUUAACUGUUACUAGUGCUCUUCAAUCGAUUUGUUGCUGAAUAUAUUUAUCUUUGUUGUUUCCAGCCGCCUCCAAACCACAAGACAAUCCUCUGUCGCAACUUUACAGCAACCGGAGCUUGUCCUUAUGGUCGGAAAUGUCGUUACAUCCACCGAUCUGGGGAUGACGUCCAGCCCAAGCAACCCUCCCCGCCCAAAGUCCGACCCCCAUUUGAGGACAUCUUGAAUACCGCCAUUGGUCAAUUGGAUUUGUGA